AACUCCUGUAAACAAACGCGCGGCUGUCCACUUCCUGUUUAUUAUCGUCACUCGCCUGCAGGUGGCGGGUCAGCCCGGCACCACAGAAGAAGAGUUGCAUUUUUUUUUUGUCCUGGAAGAAAACAUCACUCAAACCAGCACCUGCAGAAGCUGCUGCUGGACUGAAGACCGAGAGCAGGUCACCAUGGAAACCUACCGUUAGAAACGUUAACGGAUGAAAAUGACGCUCUGCUGUCAAUAAACAGUUUGAAGAGAGAAAACAGCCGUUACCGCGAUGGAGUUCCCACAGCAUUCCCAGCAGCUGCUGUCAGCUCUGCGUUCCCAGCGUCAGCGAGGGUUCCUCUGUGACUGCACCGUUCUGGUGGGCACAUCCCAUUUCCUGGCUCACAGGGCGGUGUUGGCCUCCUGCUCGCCUUUCUUCCACAUGUUCUACUCAGACUCUCCAGGGGUCAUCGGUGGAAACGGCGCUAGCAGCUCUGUCACCCUCGACAGCGACAUCGUCACGGCUGCUGCGUUUGGCUUGCUCUUGGACUUUGUCUAUGAAGGCGUGCUGCAGCUGGGUGAGUCUCCACCGGUGGAGGACAUAUUGGCGGCUGCAAGCUUUCUGCACAUGAACGAGGUGGUGAGAGUCUGCAAGAGACGACUGCAGAGACGAGGGCCUCUGGCUGAGGCAGACAGCACUCGCUCUGACGAGAGCGCUGGUGCGAGGAGGGUUAUAGAGACAGGGAGGGAGGGUGGGGGAGACAGUAGAGCUGAGCCGCUAGCUGCCAUAGCCAAAGAGCACUUGAAUCCAGCUGCUAUGGCAGCACCGUUCUCAUCAGUAUCUACAAUGGCAGAAAGGAGCCAGUUAGAGUCUGUAAAAUCUGAGCGGAGGACUGGUGGGGGGUCAUCAGAAGCACGAGUACAGACUCCUCUGAGCCCUGACCUCGCUGAUACUACACAGCCGGGCAUGGAGGCCCCUCCUCUGCCUCCAGGCGGAGAGCUUGUGCAGACCCUCAUCACAGGCCGGUCUGCCUCCGGAGGUCACGCCAGGUUGACUGAAGGUCAUGGAGAGGGGUCAGCUCUCUGCAGCCCUUGCAGCACCACAGAGGCAUACAGCAGCCAUAGCAGUAACCAGCAGCCCUCCUCAUCUUCUUCCUCUCUGGUGCCGGUGAGCCAUGCGAGUGGUCGGCCCGUGGUUGCUUUUUCCCAGUCAGGACCCAGCCUCUCCCCCGGCCCCCAACAGGACGUAUCCCGACUGCCACGUGACAACUUGAGGAAACCCUCAGAGGCUGACCACAGAGGUGCAUCAGGCGGAGGACAGCAGAUGGUCAUGCUAAUCCAAGCGCCAGCACUAACCUCACACAACCCAACACACUCGUCACCACAGCGUUCACUUCCCCAGAUUCAAAUCCAGAACGCCAUGUCGCUCCAACGCCAAAGCUUUGACUUCCGCUCUGCUUCUCAGAACCAAACCCUUAAGGGGCCUGAGGUGAAUAUAGGAGCUUCACUCAGCGCUAGAAAUGAAAGAUCUCACCCUCCUAUGGGCAGAGUGAGGACAGAGGACAAUGAUGGAGAGAAUGUGAAGGUCAAAGUGGAGGCCAUUGUAAUAUCUGAUGAAGAGCUGGAGGACGAGCAUCGUGAAAGGAGAGAGAGAGAACCAGUGAUGGAAGUAGACGAUGAUUAUGAGGAAGAAGAGGAGCUGCACAGCCCUCACUUUCUCUCCUCUCAUCAACAGAGCCUCUUACAAAUGACCUCCCAUUCAAAUGACUACUCCUUCCCCCUCUCUCCCUCCUCUUCCUCCUCCGGUGCCGGUCCUUCCUCCCAGGACACUUCCUCCUUCACCCUCAUUCCUCAGUCCACAGCUCAGCAGCAUUCAGACCCUCCUGCAUACUUCCACGACUUCCAGGACUCUAUGGGGAACUUUGUGGAGGACGUCCCCACAUGUGGUGUCUGUGGAAAGACUUUCUCAUGUACGUACACACUAAGGCGCCAUGCCAUAGUGCACACACGCGAGCGCCCUUAUGAGUGUCGCUACUGCUACCGGAGCUACACACAAUCAGGCGAUCUUUACAGACACAUACGCAAAGCUCACGACCACACACUGCCAGCCAAACGCAGCAAGUCAGACAUGGAGGCCUCCCUGCCACCACAACCACCGCCACCGCCACCACCGCCGCCGGCACCUCUUAGCUAACACAAAAAACAUAUAUUAUAAUAUAUUUCUAUACUCGUGCACAGAUACUUUAACUUAAUAUCCUAACAAUUGUUUCGUUUUUUCAAUUAAUUUGUUUGUUAUUGUCAUGCUUAAAUGAUUAUUUAUUUGUGCUAUAAAACAAUUUAGAAAAAUGUCUAUCAAAAUUGCUUAAAUCCCAAGGUGAUAUCUUCAGAUUUAUCCAAAUAUUGCCUUAUUUUGUUAUGUUUGCACCCUGAAAUCACCCAGGCUUUCUAUUCUACAAAGGGCAUUUGAUCUAGCCUGACAUCACCAGACCAAAUCACAAAUAUGAAUUAUAGCUUCUGCACAGUAAUGAGACAUUGCGAGGUGUUUUGAGGAAGAAAACGAAAAAAGACAAAGGAGAAAUACAGGAGAGUCUGUCAGCAGAACUUUCUGGACCGAAACUAUCGUCUCAUUUCCAUUAGGUACUUUUCCCUCUAGUGAGCCACUAUGGCUGUGACUUGGGAGAGAGGAUUCACCCCAGAUCCGCCCAAUUUCACUUCAGCUACUGAUCCUGUUGAGCUAUCUGCUAAGUGCAAAGUCAGAGAUAACUUCAUAAGUUCACACUAUGACACAAGCAAUCUAUCCAAUAUAUUAGUAUAUUAAUAUUGUGUUAAUAUUAGAUGAAUGGGUGUUAUUGGCCCAGUACAUUUCAUGCUGCUGGAGAUCUGUCCAAAGCAGAGGGGGACCAGACGUGUCUGCCAGAGCAAAUAAAAUGUGACGUUAAUAAGAUAUGUCGUUCCCAGGCAACUUAUGAUCCCUUUCAGUACAGAAAAACAAAACACACACAUACACACACAGAUCAAACACCAGCAUCGUCAUGCUUUAUGUUCAUGAAUGACUGUUUAUGCUAUUGUGCUACCUUUUUUAAAUAUUUAAGAGCCAUUUUACAAUUUAGGUUUGUAAUUUUAGUACAUUUUAUCAUUUUCAUACAUUUGUAUGGGUAUAACAAUUAGCAAAAACUUCAUUGCUGUAAUUCAGGAGAUGUUCAAAAUGUUUUGGAGUUGUGCGACAAGUAAGAGAAAACUGUUGUGUUUGUAAUUUGUACGACUGCCUUUUCAGUAUGUGACUCUGUGCUAGCAAAGUUUGACUGAUAAAAUGUAGUAGCAUCGUUCUGUCUAGUCUUUUAUUUACAGGUUGAAACCAACGCAGCAAAUAUCUGCACAAACUGAAAUUAAAAACAUAUAUUUUAUAAUCAAAGCUUUGCCUGGCAUCAGUUUGGUGAGGCCACAAAAUAGCAGAUGUAUAUAAAGUACAUCUGAUGAAUUAGAAAUUCAACUGUGCCAAAUUCAACAUUGCCUUGUUUCUUCACCUCCUUGUCUAUUUUAACAGAGCAGUAAAAAGUCUUUGAUUAGGAAGACUCCUAAAAGAGGCAACUGUCAGCCAAACAAACGGUUUAAUUUCACACGGUAAACAAUGUAUGCAUUUCUAGUGUUUGUCCAGGUUUUACACACAGUAGCUUACUGUAAAUGUGAGGAAGAUUCUCUCAGAACUCUGGCUGUCUCACGUUAAUAUAAUAUAUUUCAUAAACUUUGCUUGGCAUUCUCUGUCAAGGUCAAUUAAGAGUAGUUAGGAAUGGAAAACAAGUUUAAUUGUUCAGCUAUAUGCCCUGGUAGAAGAGCAGUGGAAGUUUGGGGAUCCACCCUUUAUGUAUUUGGCUUUUUUUAAAUUAUAUUUUAUGUGACCUUUCCCUCUGUGGCGUUUCUCCUGUAAUAUGACAGAAUAUUCCGUAAGAACACAAGGCAGAAACUCUGCCUUAUCUUUAAAUGUUUAAAUUUUAAAUGUGCCUGAAUGACGGUUUCACCCCAUUUUAUAUGUU